GAUGACAGCGCGAGAUCGCGCCCGUUUGUGGAAUGUUCUGGCUGCUCGCUCUACGGCUAGCAUGAGAGACGGAGACACCGUUUUGUUUGAUUUAAAUAAAUAAAUAAAUUGAUUGAUACUAAACAAUGAUGGCAUUGACACCUCUUGUUUACUGGGCUCAACGCCACGAAGAAAUCUACCUCCGCGUGGAACUGACUGACGCUCAGAAUAUUGACGCCCAUGUGCAUGAAAACAUCCUUCACUUUCAAGCUCUUGGCCACGGUGCGAGGGGUCAAAACCUGUACGAAUUCAGCAUGGAGUUUCUUUUACCUGUAGAAUCACAGGUAGCUUUCAAGUCCACUCAACGGCAGGUGAACAUCACUGUGAUGAAAAAGCAGCGAGGCUGGUGGGAAAGGUUGACCAAGCAGGAACGCAAGCCACUUUUCUUGGCUCCCGACUUCGACCGCUGGCUUGACGAGUCGGACGCCGAGAUGGAAAUCAGGGAGAAGGAGGAGAGAAGAAACAAGUGGAAAGCUUCACGGCACAACGAAAAAGGCAAGUGUGGAGAGAAGUUUCUCCAUCUGCUAGUGGCUGAAGUUUCACCAUUGCGAAUAGUCUCUGCUGCUGUUUGUGUUUCAGGGUUCAUCAAUCUGACAACAGGAUUUUUGUUUACCUACAACUUGGUGCAGUUUCUUGGCUUUUCCUGGAUCUUUGUCAACAUGACCAUUCGCCUCCUUAAAUUUGGUGAAGAUUCCGUCUACGACACAUUUCACACCAUAUCUGGAGUCAUGUUCUUCUGCCAAAUUUUGGCAGCCGUCGAGGUCCUCAACGCCGCUUUUGGGCUGGUCAGAACGGGUGUGAUCCCGACUCUUAUACAGGUUUUGGGAAGGAAUUUUGUCCUCUUUAUCAUAUUUGGUUGCUUGGAAGAAAUGCAGAAUAAGCCGGUGGUAUUCUUUGUUUUCUACCUGUGGAGUGCCAUUGAAAUAUUCAGGAAUGUAAUGAGGCUUUGCUUCAGGUAUCCAUUCUACAUGCUGGGAUGCUUCAACACUGAGUGGAAAAUCCUGACGUGGUUGCGAUAUUCCCUCUGGAUGCCCCUUUACCCGUUAGGCGCUCUCGCUGAGGCUGUGGCUAUCGUACAGUCCGUUCCCAUCUUUGACAAAAGCAGCUUGUUCAGCAUUCCGCUGCCAAAAGCCAUCGGCACAUCCCUGAGGUUCGCCUACUUUCUGCGUGCGUACCUCGUGCUCAUGUUUCUAGGACUUUUUGUGAACUUCCGUCAUCUGUACAAGCAAAGGCAGAAGCGGUUCCGCACCAAGAAGAAGGCUCAUUAAUGCAUCGUUCCGCCUCGUGUUUAUUUCUCCUCAACAUUUCCUCGAGGUGCUCUCAUUUUACAGGCACCUUUCGUUGUUUACUAAAUCUGCUUUGUCCGCUUCCCUUGUGGGUCCAAAUAUAAUUUUUACUACAA